AUGACCUCUAUGGUUCAGGGUCAUACUAUGACAAUGCAUGCAAAGCUCGUCAAUGUCAUUCAUCAAGUAAAGAACAAGAUGGCAACAACUGUUACAGAUCCAAUUCCAACACGUCCUCCACAACUUCCAUCUGCAUUCAAUGCAACAGUAACUACUACAGUACCAUUCAUUGGACAAGUCACUGGUCCUUUCUAUUUUGAUUAUGACAAUUCAAGAAUGAGAACUGAUGUUUCAAUGUUUGGACAAUCUCAAGCAUCCAUUGCUUUUUACAAUGAAAUGGUUCAAUAUGAUAUCAUGUUACCAAAUGGUCCAUGUCAAGUGAAAAAAUUGACAGAUCCUAUUUAUCCAUUCAUUAUUCCACCAUUUGCCACAUUUGUUGGAUUUGAAAAUGUCAAUUCUAAAAAUUGUCAACAUUGGAACCUCCAUUUGAGUCCAUAUAUUAUGGAUUUUUAUGUUUCAUCAGAUUCUAAUGAAGAUAAUGGAAAGGAUACUUAUUAUGUGGUUAGAUUUACACUUUCUACUGAUCCUACCUAUCCUAUUCCAAUGAAUGUUCAAAUGGAUUUUGAAAAUGUUCAAGUAGGUCCACAACCUGAUUCACUUUUCUCAAUUUGGAAGAAUGCUGGUUGUCCAGUUCCAAAACCACCAACCUAUUAUUCUGUCAGUGGAUACACAAAGAAUGCUUUGAAUGGACAAGUUAUUCCAAAUAUUCAAGUUUCUUUGAGUUAUGGAAAUCAAUAUUUCAAAACUGCCUCAGAUAAGAAUGGUCUUUUCACAUUUGACAAGGCCUUGGCAGGUUCAAAUAUUAUUUUGAGUACUGAAGGUUUCACUAAUGCAGGUUAUCUUCCAAUCAAGCAAAAUAUUUCAUCACUUUCUGGUAACAUUAACGCAGGAACAAUUGCUGAUUUGUUCUUGAGUCCAGUAAUUCCAUCAGGUCAAUGGAGAGCCAUCUUGAGUUGGGCUAGCUCACCUCGUGAUUUGGAUCUUCACAUGAUGAUGCCAAAUGGAUGUCAUACUUACUUUUCUAAUAAGCAAUGUUUCACUCCUCAAGGAAAUGCCACUUUGGAUCACGAUGUUAGAAAUGGAUUUGGUCCAGAAACUCUAACUCUUUCACCAAGUUCCAAUGCAGCCAAUUCUGAAUUCAACUAUUUUGUUUAUAAUUAUAGUAAUGAAGCAAGUUAUGUGAAAUCUCAAGCCCUUGUAAAGAUUUACAAUAGUGCAGGAUUUGUUAAUCAAAUUCAAAUUCCAACAAGUGGAUAUGAUACAAGUGCUCGUUACUGGAAAGUUUUCAAGUUGGUUAUUGAUGGAAGUGGUCAACCUCAAGUCAAAAUUAUCAACACAGUUUCUCAAACUAAUUUAAUAGUUUAUUAA